UCCAACCAAGUCCAAAUCAGAAAAUACACCACAGACACAACAGCUGUCUAGUUCGAAGCCAGAAACAGAGCAAACCAAAGCUCGAACCAAAUCAAGAUCAGAGAGUACCCCACAAACACCACAGCCUGCUACUUCAAAACUGGGAACAAAGCAAGCCAAUGAACUAACCAAGUCCAAAUCUGAAAGUACAUCACAGACACAACAGAUGUCUAGAUCGAAGCCAGAAACAGAGCAACCCAAAGCUCCAACCAAGUCCAAAUCAGAAAGUACCUCACAGCCACCACAGCCUGCUAGUAAGCCAGAAACAGAGCAAGCCAAGCAUCCAACUAAUGCACAAUCAGAGAGUACCAUACAGACAUCAUUACUUGUUAGUACAAAACCAGAAGCAAAGCAAGCCAAAGCUCCUAACAAGUCUAAGCCAGAGACUACCCCACAGAUAUCUCGCCCUUCUACUUCCAAACGCGAAACAGAGCAAGCCGUAGCUUCCACCACGUCCAAGUCAGAGAGUCUCCCACAGAAAUCACCGCUUUCUAAUUCAAAAUCAGAAGCAAACCAACACAAAAUUUUAACUGAGGUUUCUUCAGAGUUUCCCCCCCAGUCAUCACCACCUGCAUGUUCAAAACGUGGAACAAACUUAUCUGAGCCGGUCACCACAUCGACCAUGGCUGCAAGUCACGGUGGAUGCGACAGUACACUGCAGACAUCACUAUUUGUCAGUGCAAAGCCAGAAGGAGAGGGACUCGAGGCUGAAUGUCAAUCGGACCCAGACAGUUCCCAACCACCAGCCAAUUUAAAGUCAGAAAUAAAAGAGACUAGAAUUCAGAGUACCCCCGAUAGUGUCCCACAAACGUCUCUACCGGCCAGUGAAAAUGCAGAAGACAUGCGGACCAAGGGUCUGUCUAAGUGUACUUUAGACAGUACGCCAAUGACCAUCACAGCAAGACAAGAUCGACAAAAUAUGCUACCAAGAAGCAUGAGUGAUAGUAGUUCUAGCUUCGUCAGUCGAGUUCCGGUGAUCGUCACAGCGAGAGUAGAUCGGCAAAAUACGGUGUCAAGAACUGUACGUAGUUCUAGCCUGAUCAGUCUGACCUCGGUCUGCGGUGACGAAGACUUGUCGGCAGACGAUGCAGCAGACGAUGGAGGACACCACCGUCCGCAGUCGCCGUGUUACUCUCCCUCGUCCGCCGUCGGACCGACCGCAGAGAUCCACGUCUCCGCGACAAGUCUCAUCCAGCCGAAAUCUCCUUCGGAACGCUACCACGGCGCCGCCACCGCCGCGGUGGUGCCCCCCGUGGAGGACGUCGCGUCGUUUUCUGGUCUUGACCGCUUGUCCUGUCCGGCGGCCGGCGUCUGUGAUCUGCGGCCGGAGUACACGUACAUACAGUGGUACCUGGACGUUGUCGCACGUGAACCGGAGGCAGGCUGCAACACAACCUCGAACGCGACCUCGAACGCAACCUCGAACGCGACCUCAGUGACGACCUUCAAGGCGAUGUUGAAUGCGGAGCGGCGGGAGAGAGACACUGCCGGAGGGUCGGCGGACGUUUCCAACGGCGACGCGUCCCGUUGCCGCGACAACGCCCUGGUGCCUCCGACGACGAACUCGCUUCUCAAGGCGAUGCUGGGUCAGGACGAUCUGUCGUCCGAUGCGAAAGCGCCGGGAACGUGCGCGGCGACCGGGACGCGUUCGGACGAGGAAUCCCGGAUCCCGGACGCAUUCCGAACGCCGACGACGAACUCUCCCCUCGCUGUGGCGAACGAUUCCCAGACGGGAUCGAUCCGAGGGAGCGAUCAUCCCGGGAGCAGGAUGGCGGGCGGCGACGGCAGCAGCAACGGCAGCGGACCUUUAGCGGUGGACUGGCGUACGUACUGGACUACGUACGGCGAGUACACAGCGCGCCACGCGUCGUCCGACGGCAACGCCGCGGGCAAGCGUCGCCGCGGCGACUCGUCGCCCGAUCACCGCCCCGCUGCGAAGAGGCUGCGAGGCGAAGCUCUCUAUCGACGAUACGCCAGAGAGAACCGCGAGAGAAGCUUAUCGACAUCUUCCGAGGAGAGAGAGAAGGAAGCCAGGGACGUGGAAAGGAGCGAUGGCAAGCACGGCGAUCACCAGCUUACGAUGGAUGGAAAAGAUAGUCGGUCUAGAGGUGCGGAGAUGAUAUCGAGUGGACGUCAAAAUUCGGACGCGAGAGAUGAUUGCAGGAGAUGCCACGAAAGGAGAGACCGCGUGUCUGGAUGUGUUGACGCGAGCGACAAAUCCGCUGUUGACUGUGGACUGAGAGACGAUAUGCCGGCGGGUCGAGAUGCGAACGACCGCGAAGUGAGAAAUAACGUGGCCAAAGAUGGUAAAGAUGACGAUCAGUGUAAUGAUCAUUAUAACAUAACGAAGAAACCGAAACGACGCGUUGACAAAAAAAUAAUCGCCAGAGACGAGCGACCGUACGAAGCAAACGCCGGCUACCGCUGCGCCCUCUGUCGCUACGCGACAUCGCGUCACGUGUCGCUCGUGCGUCACGCGUACAUCGUCCACGGUGACGCCGAUGCGCCCUCGCAGCUGCCAUCGACCGCGGCGACGACGACGACGACGACUCGGGGCGCGGCGCAGUGGCGCUGCCGCUACUGCGUGGCGGCGUACUCGAGCGUGGACCGGCUGCGCUGGCACGUGCGCUCGCACACGGGCGAGUACAUCUUCUCCUGCUCGCUGUGCCGCUUCCCCGCGAACCGGAGCGCGGAGGUCGUUGAACACUGCAUGGACCGGCACCCGGGGCGGCGCGACGCGGCGGCGGUGGAGCGCGGCGGCGGAGGCGAGGCGGCGGGACGCCUGGACACGAUGUACGAGUGCACGGCGUGCGGGGUCGUCAAGGUGGAUGCGGCGGGCGCGGAGCAGCAUGUGCGGCUUUGCCGCGGCAACGCGCCCGGAAAGGUGCCGAAGCUGAGAGAGGUGCCGCUGUCGGACGGGAAAGUUGCCGCUCCCCUUCCUCUGAUCCCCGCGGGACAAGCUGGCGGAGAGACUAAGGUUUCGGAAGAGGCUUGCGAGAGGGAGGCUUGCAAUACUAUCGAGAGGGAGGCUUGCGUUGAGAAGGAAGCUUGCAUCGAAAAGGAAGCUUGCAUCACAAAGCAAGCUUGCAUUGAGAAGUCUGAGGUCAGCGACGUCGCGACAGCGACAAGCGAACAUCUCUAUGACACGACCUCGCUCCACAAAGAUGUGCACAGCGACGCAUCGGUCGACGUGCCCACAACAAGCGAACAUCUCUAUGAGACUACCUUGCUCCACAAAGAUACAUGCAGCUACACAUCAGUCGACGCACCCACAACAACAAGCGAACGUCUCUACGACACAACCACGCUCCACAAAGACGCAAGCGGCGACGCAUCGGUCGACGCGCCCACAAGGACAAGCGAACGUCUCUCCGACGCGACCACGUUGCACAAAGACGCAUGCAGCGACGCAUCGGUCGACGCGCCCACAACAAGCGAACAUCUCUGUGACACGCCCUCGCUCCACCAAGACGCAUCAGUCGACGUGCCCACAACAAGCGAACGUCUCUGUGACACUACCUCACUACACAAAGACGCACCACUCGACGCGCCCACAACAAGCGAACGUCUCUGUGACACUACCUCACUACACAAAGACGCAUCACUCGACGUGCCCACAACAAGCAAACGUCUCUGUGACACUACCUCACUACACAAAGACGCACCACUCGACGUGCCCACAACAAGCGAACUUCUCUGUGAUACGACCUUGCUCCAAAAAGAUGCAUGCAGCGACGCAUCAGGCGACGCAUCCACAACAACAAGCGAACGUCUCCGCGACACCACCGAACACGUUGUCGUGGAAGAAGAAGUUGGCAUCGAGAACGAAAUCAGCGGAGGAGCGAUGAACGAACCCACGCCCGGGCGGGAGGCCACGGCCGAGACGCCGGCCGAGACGCGGCACGGCGAGACGCCGCCUCUGCAGUCCCCGACGACGACGACGACGACGACGGACGUUGCCGUGGCGACCGCUUCCUUGCCUCGCCGCAGCCGCUUCCCGUGCGUGUCCUGCAAGAAUUACGUCGCUGAGGGGGAGUCGAACUUCCACAACCACCUGCUGUGUCGCCACGGCUCCGACGCCCUGUUCGCUUGUUACUGGUGCAGCCUCAGCUUCACCCCCGUCUCCACCCUCCUCGAGCACAUCGCCGCCAUGCACCCCCCCGCGCCCCCUGGUGGCUCAGACGACGAAACGUCACGCGCAGACCUGGUUGACAUGGUCUUGGAUGCGCUGACAGAGAGCGCCGCCGGCGGCAGCAUGAACGCGACGAUCUCGAGCAGUCGCGGAGGAGGGGAAGAGAGGCGGAUGGAAUUGGCGGAGCGGGCGCUCGCAUGGAUGAGCGCGACGGGAUUAUGCCGGAUUCUGCCCUCCUGCGAACAGCCGUUCUUCCGCUGUGUCGUCGCCAACUGCGCCGCUUUCCCGGGCGGAAGGUCUGAGCUUGACUUCGUGCUGCAUAUAGAGGGCGCUCACGCGGCGGCGCAGGGGGCGCUGCCGUGCCCCUACUGCUUCGAGUUGCACGCGACUGCGACCUCUCUCGCCGAGCACAUGGUUGACGCGCAUGCGCCGCUGGCAGCGGAGUACACGCGCGUCGCUGAUUAUGCCACGCACGCCUGCGAGCGCCACCUCGGGAGUAAAAUUGCCUGCGGCUGCCGCCUCCCCAUCGACACGUCGGCGGACGUGGUGCGGCGCCACCUGGCGACGUGCGGCGAGAUCGACGCGUGGCAGUGCGUGUACUGCGCGCGCGGUCGGCCGUCGCCGGGCGAGAUGGCGGCGCACGUGCGGAGCGCGCACACGCUCGCGCCGCUCCUCAUGUACGAGCGUGCGGCGGUGCCGCCCUCUGGCGGCGACAAUGACGCUGUGUGGCAGAAGUGUUCGUUCUUGCGGCGCGGGGAUGGCGGCGGGAUAGAUAAUUUGACGACGUGGGCGAAGCUGCAGAUGAUCGGCGCCGCCGCAGCUGUCGUGCUGACGAGCCCCGAGUGCACGGUGUGGGUGGCGCCCCCUCGCGACGGUGUCGUCCCUGCAAACUGGCCGCUGCGUGGCGUCGCGGCGGCGGCAGCGGCCCGCGCGAUUCCCGCGAGUCAACGUGCUAAUGUGGCGCCCUCUCAUGCCGCUAACGCGCACCGUUAUCCUGCAGUGGCGCCAUCUUAUGGUACAAAUGCACCCGAUUGUCGUGAGGUGGCGCUACCUUAUGGUACAAAUGCACUUGAUUAUGGUGCGGUGGCGCCACCUUAUGGUACAAACACACCAGCUUAUGCUGCAAACACACUCGAUGAAUGGUACAAUAUGAACGUCGCGCCCUAUGAUACAAACACACUUUCCCACACUACAAAUACAGCUGUCUACAAUACAAACACACCGUCCUACGUUACAAAAACACUCUCCCAUGCUGUAAACACAGCCACCAAUGCUCUAAACACGUACUCCGAUGGUACAAACACAUCCUGGUACAAUACAAUGAUACCACCAUCUGCUACGAACAGACUUUCCCAUGCCGCAAACCCAGUUGCUAAUGCUCCAAACGCUCACUACAAUUCUACAAACACAUCCUGGUACAAUGCAAUAGAAUCCACCGCGUGGCCGUCUCGCCCCGCCGCCAGCGCCCCCUACUACACCGCCGCUGCCACCUAUGCCGCUGCCACCUCUGCUGCUGCCACCCAUGCUACUGUGGCGCCUUCCAACUACUGGUCGAAUUUUACCAACACUCCGGCAUCGCAAGCUAGGACGACGGCAAACCAUGCUAGGCCCACGGCGAACAAUGAUAGGCCCACGGCAAACAAUGAUAGGACGACGGCGAACCAGGAUAGGACGACGGCGAACCAGGAUAGGGCCAAGGCUACCAACAACCGGGGUGGGCGGCCGCACUUGCAGCAUGGAACAGCGGUGGCAGUCACAGGGUGCGAGCGUGAGGCUUGCCCAAAUCCUGCCCGCUCCACCGCACCGUGGAACGCCCCACCCAAAUCCUGCCGCUCCCACCCCCUUGGGCCGCCCCCACCCAGAUCCUGCCUGCUCCCACCACCGGGGACCGCCCCCACCCAACUACUGCCUGCUCCCGCCCCCCGGCCUUCCUCCCGCGUGGCAGCGGAUGCACGCUCCCACCCUCGCGCGGUGGCGCCACCUACCUGGCCGACAGCACAGAUCAGCGACAUUGGAAGUAAAGUCGCCGACAACGACGAGAUGCGGCGGCGCCGUGCCUCCUCUCCUGCGGCGGAGACGACGACGGGUGUCGUCACGGCAACGGCGUCACCGUCGGCUACGUGCGACGCGUCAGUGUCGAUUGUCGACGUGUUCUCGACGACGAUGCCGGCCGAGGUCGCGGGGUCACCGGAGAUAGCAGAUGACGAGGUCAUCUGGUUGCCGAAAAUUGUUGACAUCACGGGGUCACCAGAGGUCACGGGGUCGCCCGAGAUUGUCGCUGACGUGACAUCGUUUCGCGCGGCUCCGGAGCGCGAUCUCGCAAUAUCACAGAUAAAGACAGAGAGUGCUGACAUGACGGCGCCGGCAGCAGCAGCAGCAGCAGCAGCAGCAGCAGCUCCGAAUCCUGACCCCGCGACAUCGCAGGCAGCCGCCGAUUACGAUGCCACGAUGACAGAGAGGAGAGGAGGUCGUGACCCUAUGACGUCAUUGAUAGCUGCAGGUCGCGACCCUAUGACAUCAUCGAUAGCUGCAAGUCGCGACCCUAUGACGUCAUCGAUAGCUGCAGGUUGCGACCCUAUGAUGUCAUCGAUAGCUGCAUGUCGCGACCCUAUGACGUCAUCGAUAGCUGCAGGUCGUGACCCCAUGACGUCAUCGACAGAUGCAGGUCGCAAGCCCGUGAUGUCAGCGACAGAUGCAGGUCGCGACCCUAUGACGUCAUUGAUAGCUGCAGGCCGCGACCCCAUGAUGUCAUCGACAGACGCAGGUCGCGACCCCAUGACGUCAUCGACAGGUACAGGUCGCGACCCCAUGACGUCAUUGACAGCUGCAGGUCCCGACCCCAUGACGUCAUCGACAGGUGCAGGUCGCGAGCCAAUGGUGUCAUCGACAGAUGCAGGUCGCGACCCCAUGACGUCAUCGACAGGUGCAGGUCGCGACCCCAUGACGUCAUCGACAGGAGCAUUGCCAGCGGACAGCGUUGCCAUUAAGCAGGAAAAAUGCGACGAGGAGGAGGUGGUGGAGAAGAACGAGGAGGCCAAGAAAGAGAAGAAGAAGAAGGAUGAGGAGGAGGGGGAGUCUGCUAAGCAGAGCCACGGUGUGACGAGCGGCGGCCAGUCGCUGCCGCCAGGGGGCGCCACGUCGCUGCACGAGGAGCUGCGGGAUCUUCAGCGGCGAUUCGGCGUCAGCGUCGUCGCCGUCUGCCGCGACGGUCAGGUGAUCAGCGCGUCGCCGCAAAACACGCCGGCGCCACCUGGUGAUGCAUCGGCGCCACCUGGUGGAACGUCGCAUGCAGCAGCACCCUCUGGUAGCGUGACAGCGGCCGUCGAAUCCACAGCGCCACCUAUGAAUGCGACGGCAAAGGAGAUCGCUGACGUGGUGGCGCCAUCUGCCUCUGGGGCAGGAAGCGCUACUGCAGCGGCGCCGUCUGGCGCCACCACGGCGCCACCUGGCGGGGCGAUGGACGACGACGCAGACGAUCCGCUGCUGAUGCUCAUAAAGAGGGAGCUAGCGAGCCCGCAGCCUCCUGCCAUCGCCGCGACAACCGCGCACGAGCAUCCCGUUGCCGCGGCGACAGAGGCGGCCGCGGACGUUGCUCGCGCUCCGGUGCAUCCCUCCGACGGACUGUCCCCGCGGGCGCCACCUGGUGACGUGCUGCUGCCGCCGCCGCGUGGUCGCAUCGUGCCCGGAGCGGGCGAUGGGAAAAAUCGCAACUCGCUCGACGGGAACAUUUCGAAAAGUCUUGCCUCGCCUAACAGCAAGAAUUGUGCCUCGACCAACGGGGAAAAUCCGAAGAAUUGUUCCUCAACCAACGGGGAAAAUCAGAAGAAUUGUUCCUCGACCAACGGAGAACAUCAGAAGAAUUGUGCCUCGACCAACGGGAAAAAUCCGAAGAAUUGUGCUUCGACCAACAGGAAAAAUGCGACGGAGAAGAAGAAGAAAGGAAAACUUGUUGUGAAACUGAAGAUGGCCAAGCCGGCGCCUAAGGCGCAGACUGUCACGCUAGAGGGAGUGGCUCGUACCCGACCACUAGAUGGCGCUACAUGGACCGAGCCACUAGAGGGCACCACAUGUUCCGACCUACUAGAGGGUGCCACACAGACUGACCCACAAGGGGGCGCCGCGCGGACCGACCCAGAAGGGGGUUCUGCAGGGACCGACCCACAACGGGGCGCCGCACGGACUGACCCACAAGGGGGCGCCGCAAGGACCGACCCACAAGGAGGCGCCGCACGGACCGACCCGCAAGGGGGCGCCGCAUGGACCGACCCACAAGGGGGCGCCGCACGGACCGACCCACAAGGGGGCGCGGAGUCGACACACCCACAAGAGGGCGCUGCACAGACGAGUACACCAAAGGGCGCUGCACAGACCAGCCCACAAGAGGGCGCCGCGCAGACGAGCGCACCAGAGGGCGCCACGCGACAGGGCGCCGCGCAGAUAAGCGCACCAGAGGGCGCCGCGGUGCGAUACGCGUACGUAGAGCGGCCGUCAUACCGCUGUCUCGUCGACGGCUGCAAGUACGUGACGGACGAUGGAGACGUGUUCAUAAUACACGUGUGCAUGCUGCACUGCCGCGCCACAAGCUUCAGCUGCGCUCAUUGUUCCGAGAAGACGACGAGUCACGUUUGCCCUCGCCGUCAUCACAUGAAACUCCAUGGCAGCACUUUGCUAUCGUGCUCCUACUGCAGUCGCUGCGAGGCGUCGCCAGCGAGCAUGGCCGCCCACCAGGAAGCAGCUCAUCCGGGCCGGGACCCAGCGUCCGUCACCGUCCGGAAUCUCCUCCCGUCGAAUCUGGAGAUGCCGUGUCUGCAUCCCGAGGAUCCAUUCCCUGGUGAUCCACCCAGAGAGGAUCUAUCCCUGGCAGAGGUUGGUCCGUCGCAGCAUGCUGAGCCUUCUCCCGGGGAAGGAUCCCAGCGGGAGUUUGUCCUUCUACGGGGUACCUCCCAGCCCGAGGACGGUUCCCGGAAGAAGAAUAGUUCCUGGAAUAAUGGUUCCCGGAAGAAGGAUCAUUCCUGGAAUGACGGUUCCCGGAAGAAGGGUAGUUCCAGGAAGGACGGUUCCCCGAAGAAUCGUUCCCGGAAUGACGAUUUCCUAAACAAGGACCAUUCCCGGAACGACGGCUCUCCGAAGAAGUAUAGUUCCGGGAAGGAACGCGGCGACACCCAGGAGGAGGGGGUUGACCCCGGGAGAGAAGGGAAUGAUUCCAUGGAGAGGUACCGCUCGCUCGAGGAGAAGAUCGACCACCUCGCCACCCAGCAGGUGGCGCCGCUGUACUACUGCGCGCGCUGCGACUGCUGCAUCCCUCACGAGUCAGCCGCGCGCCUCCACGUGAUGCGUCACCAUGACUACCGGCCCGCCGGGUGCGCGAGCUGCAGCUACCGCGGCGACACCGCGGCGCGCGUCGUCAGGCACACCGCUACGCAGCACCCUGGCACGUCGUCGCCCGUCGUCGUCGUCGACGCGCGGGCGCCCUCUGGCGGCGGCUGGACGUCGCGCGGCGGCGCGCGCUGCUGA